GUGCGCCGGCGCGUAGUCGGGGACGCCUGGCCGGGGCUCUUGCUAAGGAACCGACUGUUGUCGCCCCGCCCCCUCCGGGCUUUGUGUCCCGUUAACUGUCGGAGUGGCGGGAGACUCCGGCGCCAGGAGAAAUGCCGGUGCGCUUCAAGGGGCUGAGUGAAUACCAGAGAAACUUUCUGUGGAAAAAGUCCUAUCUGUCAGAGUCCUGUAAUUCUUCAGGGGUGAGAAAAUACCCAUGGGCUGGACUUAGAUCAGAUCAAUUAGGGAUCACAAAAGAGCCAGGUUUUAUUUCAAAAAGAAGAGUCCCUUACCAUGACCCACAGAUUUCAAAAUCUCUCAAGUGGAAUGGAGCUAUAUCAGAGAAUAAUGUGGUUGUAUCACCAGAACGUGAAGCCCCAGAAACACCAAAAUCAGAGGCAGAACAAAAAGAAGAUGUCAACCAAGAAAGAGUUCUUUCACUAGGGGCCUCCCGGGUCCCCAAGAGAACCAGAUCUCAUUCUGCAGACUCCAGAGCUGAAGGGGCUUCAGAUGCUGUGGAAAAGAACGAGGAUGUAGUAACAGACCACAUACUGGUGAAUGAAAAUGUGGAGCAGGAACAUUCUACCAAGUUGCUUUCAGAAAAUGUAGAUAAUGGGUUGGAUAGACUUCUGCGUAAGAAAGCUGGGUUGGCUGUUGUUCCUUCACAUAGUGCCUUGAGAAAUUCUGAAUAUCAAAGGCAGUUCAUCUGGAAGACCUCUAAAGAAGCAGUGCCAGUGGUUGCAGCCAAUCAGGUUUUCCACAAUAAAAGCAAAUUUGUUCCACAAUUCAAAGGUAACUCAAUCAUCCAUGAAACUGAGUACAAAAGAAAUUUCAAGGGUUUAUCUCCAGUGAAGGAACCAAAAUUGAUAAAAGAUUUGAAAGAAAACGGAAAUCUUGAAACAGUAUCUCCUGAGAAGUAUAAUAAAAUGGAUGAUCCUUUAAAAUUUGAAGCAGAGAUGGCUUCACAAGAUUCAAACGAGCCUAAAAAAAAGCUUUCUCCUUGGAGACAUCAAAGGCUUGGGAAGGUGAAUUCUGAAUAUAGAGCAAAAUUUCUGAGCCCUUCUCAGUAUUUAUAUAAAGCUGGAUCUUGGACACGUGUGAAGGAAAACAUGCCAAAUCAGGGUUCUCUAAAUGCCAUGUGGUAUGCAGAGGUUAAAGAACUCCGAGAAAAGGCUGAGUUUUACAGGAAACGGGUUCAGGGAACACAUUUUUCUCGGGACCAUCUGAAUCAGAUUUUGUCUGAUAAGAACUGCUGUUGGGAUGUUUCUUCAACCACUAGCUCGGAAGGAAGCCUUAGUAGCAACAUCAAAGCACUAGAUCUUGCUGGGGAUCCCACAAGCCAUAAGACUUUGCAGAAAUGCCCUCCUACAAAAGUAGAAGAAAAAAGAGAUACCUUGGAAGAACAGCCUCAGCAAAGCACCAUUGAGAAACUGGGUGUGUCAGAGACUCCUACCAUACCUGUUAGGAGGCGGCUGGCUUGGGAUGCAGAGAACACCAGUGAAGACAUGCAGAAGCAGCCCAGAGAGGAGAAAGAGGAGGAGGAGGAACGAGGAAGGGACAAACAGGCUCAUGUGGGAGAGCGAGGGAAAUUGGACAUACAGGAGAAAUCUCAGGCAGACAGUGUGAAAGAAGGGUCGGAUUCUUCUGUAUCCUCAGGAAAAGGAGGCAGGCUUCCUACUCCGAAGCUGAGAGAACUUGGUGGAAUCCAAAGGACUCAUCAUGAUCUCACAACUCCAGCUGUUGGUGGAGCCGUUUUAGUGUCCCCAUCAAAAGUGAAGCCUCCAAUCUCAGAGCAGAGGAGAAAAAUAUCUUCUCAGGAUGAUAUAGGGACUCCAAAGAAGGAUUUUACUAAGAAAGGAAGUUGUGCUCUCUCCCUACUGACUUCUCCUGCUGCUGGUAUAAAAACAGUUGAUCCUUUGCCUUUGCGGGAAGAUGCUGAAGGCAGUAUACCCAGAGUUCCUGAGACAACUCUUCCAGUUUCACAAAUUCCAGGAUAUCCAGCAGACACCCGUGGACAUCCACCUUCCCCGCAGUAUACUCCGUCUUUCUGGCACCCUUCUCGUCGGAUUCAGGGAUCUCUAAGAGAUCCAGAAUUUCAACAUAAUGUGGGAAAAGCAAAGAUGAACAAUUUCCAGUUACUUCAUACUGAAGCCUUUAAUAAUGAAGAUGAUGACAGAUUAUCUGAGAUUUCUGCUCGCUCUGCAGCUUCUAGUCUUCAGGCUUUUCAAACUUUGACACGGGCUCAGAAAAGGAAGGAGAAUUUCUGGGGCAAAACAUAAACCUACUCGAAUUUUUUUUAUGCACAGAACUAUUGGCAUAAUUUUCCUUUGUUGAUCACUGUGUUAAGAGUUUUUAAGUGUUUAAAUUUUCUUCUGGUAUUUCCAAGUUAAAUUAUUUGAUGUUUUUCACUACAUCAUUUUACUUGGAAAAUUUUAACCUAGCUUAUACAAAUUUAAUUUCUAAAAAUUUCUUUUACAUCUCUCCCCAGAUAAGGUAUAGAUUAUGUGGUUCUUCACGUGCUCUUUCUUCUGUAUUAGGGGUUGAGGAUAGCUGGGAGAGUUGUGAAUUUCUCCCAUCCUGGGAAUAUUCUGAAGAGAUGAAGUGAAGUGAAAAUUAAGAUCCAAAUGUGGAGUAUGUAUUUCUGUAAGACUGGUUCUUUGUAUCUUUGUAGAUAUCAUAAAAAUAAUUUGUUGUCCCUUUAACAUUUGCUUUAGUAUUUCUUUGUUUUUGUACCUUCUAUAUAAGCAUUAUUUAAGAUAAUUGUAUUUUGAAAUUACCAGCUGUAUAUAUUUUUCUUUAUGUAACACAG